AUUUUCACAGCUCUUCAUUACAAUGGCUACACAAAAACGCCACAGUCGACGCAAAAGUAUUCAAAAUAGUGAUCCAGGAAAGAUUUUGGAUUUAGUUAUGAGUUUAACCGACGACGGCGGAGCUCAAUUACAAGUGAAAAUUAAUUCGUAUUUACAUGAAGAAUGUGAUGCAGAAGCGGUCCUUCAAAUAGUAGUUCAUAACACCGGUAUGGAAGCCUCUAUAGACGCUGUCGAUUCUGUUGUGUUACAGCGGAAAAGUAAAAUUUGCAUGACGCCAAAAUUAACGGAUGCAUUGAAGUCACUUAUAGAACAAAAUGAUCUUCUAACUAAUUUCGGCACUGACUUUCAGGCAAUUGUUGCACCCUAUAUACAGAGAGAUAACACUAAGAAACGUGUGAUAAUGUUCCCUGUAUCGGACAAGCCAUUUUCGGUGGUGGUGUGCGUGAUCGCCGCGAAGGUUCUGGAAGAGAAUGCCGCUGUGCUCAUACAUGAGUGCUUCUUAUUCGCUUGGCCCGUUCUUAAAAAAACCAUAGCCCUGGAGUAUGAAUGCACACUGAAACAGAAAUGUCAACAAUUGCUACGAGUUGCUCGUCGUCUAUUCACACAAGUAGCGUCUUUGGAGACGUUACUUCAAAUAGCUAUGGACCAAGCGAAGCAAUUGACGAAAGCUGAAUACUGUUCCGUGUUAUUAAUUGAUAUGGAGCGUAUGGAGUUAGUCCAGAGGAUAUCCAAUUCAUCGAAUGAGGUGUGCUGUUACCGAGAGGGUUCAGAGCGUCGUUUUCCAAUGAAUGUGGGAAUAACUGGCCAAGUAAUAAGUACUGGGUCACUUAUCAAUUGCAAAAAUGGCAAAGAGCAUCCAGCGUUCAACCCGCAAGUGGAUUGCUAUCCUGGCGUUGAAUGCAAAUCGAUCCUAUGUUUUCCAAUACGUGAACAAACCGGUAUCAUCGGUGUCGGUCAGUUGAUCAAUAAAAUCAAUGAUCCAUACUUUGACACGAUGGACGAGGAAAUGGCUCUUGCGUUUAGCAUAUACUGCGGUGUCUGUAUCAUGCACUCUGUGGUCUACCAGAAGAUACAGGAGGCGCAUAUCAGAAACGCGUUAGCCAACGAACUCGUUAUGUACCAUAUGAAGGUUGGCGAUACAGAAGUGGCUCGCCUUCUCGAAUGUUCUGGAUUCCACAACCACCCGCAUCUAACGAGCUUGCACUUUAAUAUUCGCGCGUUGCCUUUACGAGAGUUGCCUUGUUAUGUUUUGAAGAUGUUUUCUGAUCUCGGUUAUGAUAAAAGAUUUAACUUGAAAAAGCACAAACUGGCUCGAUUCAUUUUACACGUAAAAAAAGGCUAUAGAGAUGUGCCCUACCACAGCUGGGUGCAUGCCUUCAACGUAGCCCAAUGGGCAUAUGCUGCGUUGAUCAACUAUAAGUUAGUUCAACAAGGUUAUUUUAGUGAAUUGCAAGGCUUAAUGUAUUUAAUAGCCAGCCUGGUACAUGAUAUGGACCAUCGUGGUACAACUAACAGCUUUCAAAUACAGGGGCAAACAACACUAGCCGCGCUGUACUCGAGCGAGGGUAGCGUGAUGGAGCGGCACCACCUCGCGCAAGCGAUGUGCGUGCUCAAUACAGAAGGGUGCGAUAUACUGGAGUCUCUGCCGCGAAGGGACUACGAUAGGGCCAUUAUGAUGCUAAGGGACUAUAUCCUGGCCACGGAUUUGGCUAAUUAUUUCAAAAAUUUGAACGAAUAUCGUGCGAUAUCGUUGGACUUCCAAAAGGGCAACCGCGGCCACGUGAACGCGUUACAGUCGCUGCUCAUUAAUGCAGCUGACCUCAGCGAUCAGCUCAAGGACUGGGGCUGCGUUAAGAAGACUGCCGCGGCGGUGUUAAGCGAGUUCUUCAAACAAGGUGACGUAGAGAAGAGUAGGGGGGAUCUCCCCCCCAGCAUCAUGGAUAGAGAGAAAUGCUUCAUACCGGACUUGGAGAUACAGUUCUUGAGUACCACUUGCAUUCCUUUGUUUGAGGUCUUGGGUAGAAUUAUUCCAAAAGCGGCGAUAUGUUUAAAAAUCAUUGAGAAUCACAUAGAGAGAUGGGACGCAGCAAAGCCUGUGUUCGCUGAGGUACCGAUAACUGCUGGCUUAUCUGUGUUACUAAGUCCAGAGUUAGAUGUUUUGAUAGAGCAAAAUCUCAAGGAAAAGGAAAGGCUGAGACUUGAAGCCGAGGCGGAAGGAAACGCGUAGUCAUUCCAGAUUAAAUAUUCUAUUCUAUAUAUUUUAGACGUAA